AUGGGUGCUCAUGGUGCAGCAUUGGGUGGGAAAUGUGAUGUCAUCACAGUUCUGUUAGAGUCACGGUUUGAUGUAAACUGCAGAACUAAAGAAGGCAGUACAAUGCUUCAUUUAGCAGCUUUAAAAGGUCACGGAGAAUUAGUGCAACUCUUGAUCAGUAAAGGGGCAAAUGUCAAUGACAAAGGCAACAUGGGUCGCACACCAUUACAUGACGCUGUUCAAUCUAAGAAUGUUAGUUUAGUUCAGGAACUCAUUGAGAGUGGGGCUACAGUAGAUGUUCAUAACAAUCAACAAUGCACUCCUCUGCAUCUUGCAACAGGUUGGGGAUAUAUUCCUAUAAUGAAAACUCUUAUUCAAGCAAGUGCAGAUAUAUAUAACAUUGCUACUGAUGGCAAUAUGGGUGGUCAUGUUGCAGCAUUGGGUGGGAAAUGUGAUGUCAUCACAGUUCUGUUAGAGUCAGGGUUUGAUGUAAACUGCAAAACUAAAGAAGGAAAUACAAUGCUUCAUUUAGCGGCUUUAAAAGGUCACAGAGAAUUAAUGCAGUUCUCCAUCAAUAAAGGGGCAAAUGUCAAUGACAAAUGCAACAUGGGUUACACACCAUUACAUGACGCUGUUGAAUCUAAUGAUGUUAGUGUAGUUCAGGAACUCAUUGAGAGUGGGGCUACAGUAGAUGUUCAUAACAAUCAACAAUGCACUCCUCUGCAUCUUGCAACAUCUUUGGGAUAUAUUCCGAUAAUGAAAACUCUUAUGCAAGCAAGUGCAGAUGUAUAUAACAUUGAUACUUAUGGCAAUAUGGGUGGUCAUAAUGCAGCAUUGGGUGGGAAAUGUGAUGUCAUCACAGUUCUGUUAGAGUCAGGGUUUAAUGUAAACUGCAAAACUAAAUAA